CACCGCGCGCUCCGAUGGAGCUCCUGACGGGCAUUGGCUGGACCAAUAAGGCCUUGCUAGAUGUAUAUGCAUGCAUGUUCUGUUCCACCACUAGCGAUGGCUGUGGACUAGUGUGAACAAGGAUCGAGGGGAUCGUUAGGGUGUUUUCCGGGACAGCGGCCGCGAUGAGGCUGGAGGCAGAAUUCGCAAGAACAAAUCACGCCAAUGUCUCGUGGUAAUGUGGCAGCUCUGCGCAACGAGACAGGAUUGUUUCAUUUCUCCCGUGCCCAUAUGCCUCGAAGAGACUCCGCAGUGGAAUUUCGUGAGCGUCUUGAUUCGACCAAACCGCCGAGUUUCUGCAGUAUCGUGGUAAGGCCGCGCGCAUGGGUGCAAGCCACCACGCGCCAAGGAUUUGGGGGCCAUCCGUCGCGUGUUGAUCGCCGUUCGAACGUGCUUGUCGCCGUUCCGUUGGAGGAACUCGCUAGAAUACAAGACCGACCUCUCUUUGCGAGGAAGGUCGUUUCUUUAUCAUCAUGAAGCAUUCCAAUCUCCACGUAGCCUGUGCGGACUGCCGUUCGGAAUCGCAUCUAGGCGUCACUGCCGGGUUCAACAC